CACAUGACUGAUCCAAGACAGGUAGCAUUGCAAAAAUACAAACAGGCGCUGUUGCAGCACCGUGAAUGGGACGCCAAGCUCAAGGAGCUGCGCUUCGGUAACAAAGGUCUCGUUCGCGACUUUGAAAAAACAGAGGACGACAUCAAGUCGCUGCAGUCUGUCGGUCAAAUUAUCGGAGAAGUCCUCAAACAGCUGGACGACGAACGAUUCAUCGUAAAAGCAAGCUCCGGACCGCGUUAUGUGGUUGGAUGCCGUAACAAUCUCGACAAAACGCGUCUUCUACAGGGAGUUCGUGUAUCGCUGGAUAUGACUACAUUGACAAUUAUGCGGCUUCUGCCUCGGGAAGUCGAUCCACUCGUAUACAACAUGUCCGUUGAGGAUCCAGGAGAAAUUACAUUUGCAGGUGUCGGUGGUUUGAGUGAACAAAUCCGCGAAUUGCGUGAAGUCAUUGAAUUGCCUUUAAAAAAUCCAGAACUCUUCUUGCGUGUUGGUAUCAAACCCCCCAAAGGUGUGCUGUUAUACGGUCCUCCCGGUACGGGUAAGACCCUGUUGGCGCGUGCUGUAGCCUCCACACUUGGCGUCAAUUUCCUCAAGGUUGUCUCUAGUGCGAUUGUCGACAAAUACAUUGGAGAAUCAGCCCGUAUUAUUCGCGAGAUGUUUAGCUAUGCCAAAGAACACGAGCCCUGUGUCAUUUUCAUGGAUGAGGUUGAUGCUAUUGGUGGUCGUCGUUUCAGUGAAGGUACUUCUGCUGAUCGUGAAAUCCAACGUACACUUAUGGAACUGCUCAACCAAAUGGACGGUUUCGAUACCCUUGGCCGUACAAAGGUGAUUAUGGCUACCAAUCGUCCAGACACGCUUGAUCCUGCCUUGUUACGUCCUGGUCGUCUUGACCGGAAAAUCGAGAUUCCCUUGCCAAACGAAGUGGGUCGGAUGGAGAUUCUGAAGAUUCAUCUUUCCAAGGUCGCCAAACAGGGAGACAUUGACUACGAGGCCAUCGUCAAGUUGACUGAUGGUACGAAUGGUGCAGAUCUUCGGAACGUCGUAACAGAGGCCGGUUUCGUUGCUAUUAAGGAAGACCGUGACUAUAUCAUUCAGUCCGACCUUAUGUCAGCAGCCCGGAAGAUUGCUGAACAAAAGAAACUUGAGGGUGUGAUUGAUUACCAAAAGCUCUAAGCGCUGUAAACAAUUAAAAAAGACAGAAACGGAGAGGGGAGGAAAUGAAAGAAUGUGCGCACGUACAUAGUAUCUGUAAAUACUUUUUCGCGCAUUCACUCUCUCUCCCUCACCCUCCAUCCAGCACAAGGAUUUCUCUCUCUCUCUUUCUUCCCCCCUUUCCCGCCUCUGUAUUAGAGCUCUCGCAUUCAAGGCUCAUUCUUCACGUUGUAUCACGACCUCUUGAACAGCCGCUGGCCGCUUCAGUGCCUUGGAACGGCUGUGUGGCAUGAACGAAAGACAUACAUGGUUGUUAUGAAAAGAUGAAAACGAAGCGACGAGGAUGACAACGACGACGACGACAACUAAAAUAAUGCUAACGUGUGAAAAAAAAGGGAACGGUGAAGGAGGUUAGAAGUUCCACGGUGUGUCCGUCUAAUGUUGCGUUUGUAUGAAUGGGUGCGAGCAGCUGUACUGAAACGACAGUCGUGGCAGACGAUACCCUGCUUCUGCUACUCGGACUGCUGAGAGAUGGCUGCUACGCUGCUGUUGCGUUUUAAACCUGGUCUUCAACGGCCUCAAAGGCAGACUCGAUGGGAGGCUCCAUCAAAACGGCGUGAGCCAAAACUACAACCGUCGACUGUCCAAUGAGCCACAUAAGUGUCAUGAUAGGGGAAGCAAAGAAACUGAGCGUAAUCAUAGUGCAGGCUAGGAUCGUGUACAGUUGUGAGUUCUUCAGCACCAAGGGACCGAUCAUCAGAUCAGCACCCUCAAGCUUCCGGAUACCGUAGGUGCCUGCGGCACCAAGAAUGAGGACGAGAAGCAAAAUCCAGUUCGUCAAAAGAGCGUUUAAAGUCAAAAGACCGACAACGACAGCGUAGUUGGCUGAAUACCGUGACAGAUUAAACACAACUCGUGUUUGAGCAUCGCUGUAGUUAACGGGACGUGACAAACGUCGAACAUUUAAAAACUCACUGUACGGUCUCAAGCUCGACAGAUGAGUUUGCUAUUACGUUUCGUUAGCAACCUUUGAAAGUAGCAUUCUACAGAGGGAGCUCAUGACUUGGAAGUUCUUUGUCAUCCACCACGCAACAAGAACAGUACAUGAUGACGGACUAAUAAGUCCCUCAACGCGUUUUAUCCUUCAUAGUCUCGUCGUGUUCUCAAUCUAUCGGCCAUAACCUGCCUGUCCCCUUCCAAUUCAAAUCGUACAUACCCGAAACCGCUUCAAUUCAGCCCAUUUAUCGUAGAAAAUGUUCAUCGAGGUACUUGAUAUAUUCGACAUGUUUAACAGCA